CAUCUUGACAUUUGUGUCCAAAUCAUUUUGACAUCUCAAAAUGCCAGUGAAAAGGGCUCUCCGAUUAGAGGACAAGAAAACGACACCACUUAAGAGGCCAGCUUUGGAGAAGACCUUCUCACCUCUCACAGGUACUCAUCUAAUGAGCCCUGUCCCAGCAACUCCAGGCAAUUACCAAGCCAGUGAGGAGACCACCAGUGCCGGCAAAGCCCAAUCUGCACCACAGAAGAAGCUAGAAAAGUUGCGCUCCAAUCUGGAAAAGUCAGCACAGUCCAUCCUGAACGCUAGACAGGAUCUGGAGAGUCAAUUGCCAUUAGAGGGCAGCAGCGAGUUGAAAAGACUCUUUUCACGGGGCACUGGUGACCUGCUGAAAGAGCUAGAGGAGCAUAGGAAGCUCGUGGAUAAAGUCGAAUCAAGUUUUGCCAUGGGAAGGAUGAGAGAGAGAGAGAGUCAUUUUACAGGCCUCCCUCCGGCAGGGAACCUCCUGUGAGUUUCUGCAGUCCAACCAAAGAUAAGGUAGCUCAACGCACAUUUGCUCCUGUGUUAGCAAUACAAGUUUUUCCCCGUUUUGACAACAGAACAUCUUGCCCUUCAGUAGCUCCCAGAUAGGUGUGUUUUUUUAAGAAGAUUCUAGAGCGACAAUAGACUACUAUAAACCAAAUAAAACACAAAAACA